AUGGAUGAUGAUGAUAUGGUUUCAAGUCCUUUAGAUUUUGAUGCAUCUGAUUAUACGGAACAGGAUGAUUUUAUAUUAGGUGAUAAUAGUGAAACGACGCCUUCUACCUCAAAUAUUAAUGUUAGCAAUAUAAAUAUUAGAGAAAACUUAAAAACUUCUCAAAAAAGCAAAAAUUUUAGUGAAUUAGAUAUUGAUGUUCAAGUUUAUUCUUCAAAUACUUUACAAGAAAAUUAUCUAUUAAAAGCUCAAGAAGCAUUUGAAAAUAAGAAAAAAAGAAAAAGGCAAAUUGAAGAUUGUUUAUUUAAAACAUCAGAUGAAGUUAGUAAAGGAUUGAUAACUCCUUUUGAAAAAAUUAAUACUGAUAAUAAUAUAAAAAAACAAAAAAACAACGAUAAUAAUAAAAAUGAUACUAACACUACAUCUGAUGAUGAAAUAAAAAAUGUUGAUGUGGAUAAAUUAUUUGAGGAUAGUGAUAGCGAUGAUGAUUCUAGAAGUAGUGGUUUCACAAAAACAUUUAAUGUCUCAAAAGGAAAAAUUAUGGAUGAUGGAGAUGAUAAAGUAUUUUAUAAACGUAUCAAUGAUUAUAAAGCAUCCUUGUAUGCUAAUUCAGAUGAAGAAGAAGAAGCUGAAAAAAAUAAAAAAUUUAAAAAUAUUGGUAAAGACUUGAAAAUUGACAAAAAAAUUUGGAAACAAUUAUAUAAUUAUCAAAGAACUUGUUUAAGAUGGUUGGCUGAACUUCACAAUCAAAAUGUUGGUGGAAUAUUAGCUGAUGAAAUGGGUCUUGGAAAAACUGUUCAAAUAUGUUGUUUUUUAAGAGCUGUUGCUGAAUCAAAAUGUACAGAUGAUGAAUAUAAUGUUGUUGGAUUGGGAUCUUCUAUUAUUGUUUGCCCGGCAACAUUACUUCAUCAAUGGGUAAUUGAAUUACAUAAAUGGUUUCCAAUGUGUCGUGUUUCUAUUUUUCAUUCUAUUGGUUCAUGUAAACAAACAGCUAAUGAAUUAAUAAAAAAAAUGUCUAAAAACAGAUGUGAUGGAUCUAUUAUUAUUACUACAUAUGCUACAUUUACACAAAAAUAUAAAUAUUUUUCAAAAGUAAAUUGGCAUUAUGUAAUACUGGAUGAAGGACAUUAUAUAAGAAAUCCAGAUAUAAAAGCUGCAGAAUUAUUGAGAACAAUUAAUACAAGACAUAGAAUAUUAAUAAGUGGAUCACCAUUACAAAAUAAUUUAAAAGAACUUUGGUCGUUAAUAGACUUUAUAUAUCCUAAAAGACUAGGUGACUUAAGAACAUUUACAGAACAUUUUUCUAUACCAAUUGUUCAAGGUGGUUAUUCUAAUGCUACACCAAUUCAAAUUCGUGCUGCUUAUAAAUGUGCUUGUGUUUUAAGAGAUAUAAUUAGUCCUUUUAUUUUAAGAAGAAUGAAAAAAGAUGUUGAAAUGUCAUUACAUUUACCACAAAAAAAUGAACAAGUAUUAUUUUGUGAAUUAACUCCAGAACAACAUGAUUUGUAUAUGGAUUAUUUAAAUUCAAAAGAAAUGAAAAAUAUUCAACUUGGAAAAAUGGAAAUAUUUAAAGCUUUAAUUAUGUUAAGAAAAAUUUGUAAUCAUCCUGAUUUUAUAACAGGUGGACCUAAUAGAAAUAAUGAAUAUGAUACAGAAGAAUCAAUUGAUAAAGAGUUUGGAUAUUAUAAAAGAAGUAGUAAAAUGAAAGUUGUAAGACAACUUCUUUAUAUGUGGAAAAAACAAAAUCAUAAAGUUUUAUUAUUUUCGCAAAGUAGGGCUAUGUUAACUAUUUUAGAAAGAUUAGCUAUUCUUGAAGAUUAUAAUUAUCUUAGAAUGGAUGGUGGAACUCCAAUUAAACAAAGACAAACGUUAGUAGAAAAAUUUAAUACUAAUGAUAAUAUUUUUUUAUUUCUACUAACAACUAAAGUUGGUGGAUUAGGAGUUAAUUUGACAGGUGCAAAUAGAUUAAUUAUUUAUGAUCCAGAUUGGAAUCCUUGUACAGAUGUCCAAGCUCGAGAACGUGCAUGGAGAAUUGGACAAAAUAGAGAGGUAACUAUAUAUCGUUUACUAACUAGUGGAACAAUAGAAGAAAAAAUGUAUCAAAGGCAAAUAUUUAAAGAAUUUUUGGCUAAUAAAGUUUUAAGUGAUCCAAAACAAGCAAGAAUCCUUAAAGCUCAUCAUGGUAAAGAACUUUUUACACUUGGUAAUGUUGAAGUAUCAAGAAAAUAUGGUACAGAAACUGCAGCUAUAUUUUAUGGAAAUAAUGGUGAAAAAAGAAGAGAAAAUUUUUUUGAUAAAAAAGCUAAACUUGAAAGAAAAAAUAAAAAAAAUGAUAAAGAUGAUAUAGAUGAAGAGGGUGAUGAAACUGAAUUAACUUCAGAUAAAAUUGAACAUUUAAAAUGUUUAAUUAAAGAACAAACAGUAAAAGAAGACCAAUUACAUGAUAUCAAAACAGAAGAAGAAAUAGAAAUGGUUAGUAGAAAAGAAAAUUAUAAUAUAAAGGAAGAAAAUAAUUAUGGUGACAAUGAUUAUGUACUUAAAGCACUUUUUAAAAAAGAUAUAGUUCAAUCAGCAAUAUCUCAUGAUAUAAUUAUGAAAGAUAUUCCAAGAGAUCAUCAAAUUAUUGAAGAUGAAGCAGAUUUAAUAGCAAAAAGAGCCAUUGAAGCUUUAAAUGCUUCUAUUAGGCAAAAACCAAUUACUAUUAUUCAAAAACAAAAUUUUCCAAUUAAAAAAGAAGUAGAAAAACAAAGUAAUCAUAGUGAUAGUCAUGGAAAACCUCCUGUAAAGUCUGGACUUGAUUUACUUAGUAGAAUACAAGCUAGAAAAGAUCGUUUACUGGAGGCUAACGAUAUAUUUAUUCCUGAUAAUAUGGUAAAUGAAGAAUAUUCAAAACAUGAAUCCUGGCCAACUAGUGUCAAGGAACAAAUGGCAAAAAAAACAAAAUAUUCAUCAUUAGCUGAAGAAAUUAAAAUGUUUUUUAUAUUUAAUGGUAACAUAUCAACAACACAACAAAUCGUUGCAAAUUUUAAAAAAAAAGUUGAUCCUGAAGAUUCAUAUAUUUUCAGAGCAAUUUUAAAAAAAUUAGCCGUAAUGAAUGAAAAAACUGGUAAAUGGAAGUUGAAAAUUUCAUAA